AUGGAACAUUCGGAGUCCGAAACUCCGACAUGGGAAGAAAUCGAGGCUUCAGAAAGCUACCUUGUUUGCUCCAUGUAUGAACAAGCUGCAUCAUUAGCUUCCUCUAUCAUGAAACGCUUGCCGCGUGAUUAUGAUCACAGAGACACUGCAAUUCAAGAUAUGUUUCAAUCAACAGGUAUGGUUCUCAUUCAAGCAUUCAACCAGCUUGGCAGAACACCGGAAAUUCUCGAUCAACUUAGAAUGUAUUUUCGUUCAGUAAAAGCUGUUCCUGCACAAGUUGUUCUCACUGGAGUUUGUUUUCAACUAGGACUAGGUUCUGGUUUGGGUGUUCGAGAAUUUUUGGAAGAAUUUCUUAAUGGCUGGACUCUUGGUGAUGGGCAAUAUCAUGCUGUCAUUGCAGAAGUAAAUGUAGAGCAUGGAAGUAGUUUUGCAAGGCAUUUUGUUCUUGGAAUUGAUGAAUAUUUGGAAAUUGUUGAAGUCUACUCCAUCACAGUUCUUGCAACGGUUCUAGAAGAUGUAGAUCUUGCGAUUUCCUGGGUUGAGAAUGCUCCGUUGCCUGAGGAAAAUCGACAGGGACUUCUGAGAAAGUUAUACUCUAUGCAUUCUGUUAAAAAUACCAUUUUGUCCCAAGUUUCCUCUCUGCAAUCACAUACAUCGGCUAGACAUAACAAUGAAACUUAUCCGUUGAAAGAAUUACACGAGAGUAGAGGAUCGCCUGAAGCAUUGAAAGCCAAGUAUGCAGACAAUAAAAUGUAUAGGUCCAAAGAUGGAGGGUCAAAAUUGUCUGAACGAAUAGAGACGUGCUUCUGGUGUUUCCGUUCUAUUAAUUUGAAGUUUGGUAAUGUGGAGUUCAUUGUUCCUAGUGGGAAGAUUAUACUUAGCUGCUUGAUCUUGUUUGCCUGUUAUGUUAUCAAAAGAAAGCAAGCUACUUUGAAAAGGACUGUAAGAAGACAAGUGGUCGCAGUGAAGAGGGCUUUGGUCGAUUUGUGGCAGCUUGCAUUUUCGUAUCAAGUUAAUCCUUUAGCCGCUGUUGAACCACUUGCCGCUGCAACACGUCAAGAAGUUCAGUCAGAUGAGAUUUUACCCCCUAUGUACAAGAAAGGUCCAGGCAGACCAAGAAAUGCGCAAACAUGUAAAAGCACAACACAAGAUGCUAAUGGACUAAAGAGAAAGAGGAAGGCCAAGGUAGGUACAACUGAAACUGAAAUUGCAACAAAUGAAAAUGAAAUUGCAGCAACCACUGGUGGAACUCAGACUGCAGUACCCCGUGCUGUAACUGAAACUGCAACACAAGCUAGUGAAAAUCAAACUGUAGUACCCCAUGCUGCAACUCAAACUGCAGUACCCCAUGCUGCAACUCAAACUGCAGUACCCCAUGCUGCAACUCAAACUACAACCAAUGAACCAGUUGACUAUUUUGGCGACAUAAUUGAUGAUUUCAUUUCAAGCAUUCCUGAAGUAAACACGACAGUGUUCUGCUGUGGUUGGUAA